CCAACUAGCACGCCAACACUAUACCCUGACAGGGAGCGAUACGUGAACAAUAAUAACAGUUUGAAACACAAUGGAGCUUUAUGUUAGUAUUAUUUUGCUGGUAAUGAUAGGCACACGUGGGGUCAGUCUGGCUCAGAAAAACACACCAACGACAUUUGAGCUUUCUGAAGAAUGUGGCAAUACGAUCAUUAUUUCGGAAGAUAUGCUUCUCAAAUUAUCCGUGAACAACACCAGGAAGAAACAAGAGAGUUGUAAGACGUUGGUUGAAAGUGACGUUGACGGCAAUCGUUUGUUAGUUCGCCUCCUCAGUAUUGACAUCCCCGACUAUCCAGAUUGCUCGAAAGCCGGCCUCAAUGUGUCUCAGAUAGAGGGCAAACAUGCUUCAGAACGUCUAUGUGGUACCAACAUAACCACUCCAGUCUUCAACUCCAGCGGUCAGUCAGUGGGAGUUUGGUACUAUUCCAACCGUGGCGAGCAUGAGGCUUCUCGGGACGUCUUCACUCUUCUUAUCACGUCCUUUCACGAACAGAUAAAUGGGGCGUGUACGUCCUAUGACUUCACGUGCAGUAACUCACUCUGCAUAGACAGCGACAUGACCUGCAACAACUACGAUGACUGCUCCGAUAAUUCGGACGAGACGAUUGGCUGUAAUGCGACCGAAGGAAACCAGCUGGUGAAGAAAGUUGUUAUUGUGUCUGUAUGUUGUGGGGUGUUUCUGUUAGCUGUUGUUUGUGUCUUCGCCGUCAAAAUACACCGAGCAAGGAACAGACGUGGGUCAUAUUUACCUAUUGACUGAUUACGUACUAACAGUGUAUAACGAGAUUCGACUAAGAAUUGUGUUAAUAUUCUUUUUAUAUCUGAUUUCAUAAAUGACAAAUUUGGCUUACUUAAUAAUGUCAAAGCAUAUAUACCAUUCGCCACCAUCCUUUCAGUAA